AUGUGGGCCGCAUUCAGGAAAGUCAGUAGCAGCCGUUCCCCCCAUGCCGACCACUCCGCCUCGGGUAGCACUUCUAGUGGGGUGGUCCUGGCUAAGAAGGAGGCGCGGCGGCUGACGCAGCGAGUGAGGAGGAGGAGGCUUAGCUGGGGGUCCAUCUGGGCUAAGAGGGGUAGUGGUUCCGCUGCUGCUGCAAGUCGUUCUCUAACCGCGCUGGCGCACCCCUGGGGAGUGCCGAUGGGGCUUCCUAAGAUCUGUAGUCCCUCGUCCGCGAUGGGGAUGCCAGGUGGCACGGCGGUGGGGUCGAUAUGUGAGGCGGACCAUGCGGCGCACUUGGCGGGAUUGUGUACUAGGCCGAUGGCGGCGAGGGCUGAGCACCUUCCUCGCCGCCCCCUGCGGCCCCUCGUAGGGUCCUCUCAGCAGCCCUUGCGUAGGCGCUCGCGCCCGUUCGUCGCGUGUUCCCCCUGCCGGCUCUGCCUCCUCGUCUUCCACCGCUCCGCUGCCCCGCUCUGCCUCUGCCUCGUGAUGCAUGUGGCGCUCCGGGACGAAUUCUCGUACCCACCCCCGCCCUUUGACGGGGCGUUUGCUGCGCGUGCGUGGUCGGCCUCAUCUGCCUCUGUUGUGGCCUCCGCGGAGAUGUCGUCUGUUCCUGCGCCGCCGUCGUCUGCUCCUGCUGCUCCUGCUGUUCGACCGGCGGCGCCUGUUGCGGAUUCGCCUGCUGGGGCGGAGCAUCCGGUGCUUGCCCAGGGGCUUGCGGAUUCGCCUGCUGGGUCUGCCCCUGACCUCCCUCGUCCUGUUGCCGCGUCAGUUGACCCCGCCGUCCCGGCUGUGCUGUCUGCUGCCCCUGUCCCCCCGGAGCCGAAUCUUGCUGGCGGCUCGUCACCGCAAGCGGCGUCUGCCGCCACUGGCGGACUGGCCCCGGUUGCGGGGUCCGGGGAGACUGUUCACUCGGCGCCGGGGGUUCAGACAGGUGUCGCGAUCUCGCAGCAGCGUCGUCCCCCAUCCCCGGACCGCCGUGGAGGCCGGCCUCAUUCUCCUGCGCCCCGCGAGGAGCGGGAGUCCGCUCGUCGCCGGCGGGAUUCACCUCGGCGUCCGCGUUCGCAGGCAAACUGGCCUGCCAAUCGCGGCGGUCACGGCGGCUGGAGGGGGGGGCGAGGCCGCGGAGGGGGGUGGGUGUACGAUCAGCCGGUGACGAUGGCCGAUUUGCAGCGGGUCGUCUCGCUGGAGAUGCGGAGGGAGAGGGCUGGGCUGGCGGGUCCCCCCAGCUCGCCGCAGGGAGCGCCGCUGGCUGCGGUUCCUCCUCCUGUUGCUCCUCCUGCGGCUGCACCGUCGGCGGCCGCUUUUCCGCGUUCCGCCUCUCGUCGUUUUGCUCCGCCUGCCGCUGGAGCUCUCCAGCCGUUCCAGGCGUUGGUGGGUCCCCUUCCCGUGGCCGAGGUCCCUGAGGCGACGCUCGGGCAGCUGUGGCGCCUCUCUGAGGGCUUACGGGCGGUUCAUUUGAUCCAGAUGUACGGUCAAGCGGGUCUCUCCCGUGGGAAUUCUCUGGAUGAUGGUUCCCGAGACGAGUGUCUUGACGCCGCAGAUCGCCUCGCGGAGCUCCUGGCGCCCGUGUUGGCUGCGCCCGCGAGGGGAGGAGCUGCCGGUGUUGGGCAGUUGGGGACUGCUGUCCGAGGUUUGCGGCGCUUCUCGCGCGCAGGGUCUGCAGCCGAUGUGAUCGCCGCAGGCACAGCUGUGGUGCGGGAGCUGCAUCGCUCGCUGGCGGGGUUGCUUGCGGUUCUUGACGCGGACCAGUUGUAG